AUGCUGGGGCACACCACCGUGGCGGAAGCUAUGGCAAAUGCGACGCCGGAAGCAAUGCGCCGUUUCGCAAACCUUGCACGGUACCUGGUGAAGAGGAACCAUGAUGUCUUCGUUGCAGAUAAGUAUGGCUGCAUCCCUCUCCAGCUGGCUGCUUCUACUGGCAACAUGGAGAUGGUCCUCGCCUUGCUUGAACCUUACGAGUCAACGCUGGUUCGGAAGGUCAAGCGGAAUGAGUACCUUAACCACCAGGACACUCAGAUUCGCUUCACGGCGCUCCACGGCGCGCUGAACCAUGGGCAGCAUGAAGUGGCGGUACUGCUGCUGGAGCACGGAGCUAACCCGCAAAUCUUGGACAUCACUCGGAUGAAUGCGUUCCAGGUUGUUCCCACCCUCGAGGCUCUCCAGGAGCUGCUGCGGCUGGUGGUGUUGCAUGAGGAGGCGGUGCCGACCCCCGCUAUUGCCCAGCUUAUGAUUGAGGUGAUCAAGCAGCAAGAGGCGAGGGACAAGAAGGAGAAGGCGGACCGUGUGAAGGCGGCAGCUGCAGCUGCCGAGGCGGCCCGGCUGACCGCCGCGGAUGAUGAGGGGAAGGGCAAGAUGGACUGGGCCAAGGCAAUGGGGGCCGCCGCUAACAUGGACUACACGCAGCGCAUGAUAUUCGUUGCGAUCAACAAGCUGGUCAGCAGUGUGUCGCAUGGGUCAGCUGGUGACGCGGAGGGGAUCCACCACUCGGAGGCCGCGAUGGCGCGCGCGGCGGCGGAAGCGGGUGGCGAGGUGGGAGCCAUCGUCAAGCGCCUUUUCACGGAGCUCUACAGCAAGGGCGAGGACAAACACAACGAGUUGUGGGAAUAUGUACAGGCCGCCGUCGACUACAACAACUACAAACUGACCAAGAUGAUGCUGGAUACCAUUUCGGCGGACUGUCCGCGGGCACUGGCGUCCUGCAAUUGGGAGGCCACCAUGGGCCCCCUCAUUGCUUGCUUUCCCGACCUGUUUCAUAACCUGCUGGCCAAGCUCCAGGCAAGCGCAGGGAGAUGGGGAUGGCGUGGACACUAUGAGCGUACCAGCCGCACCGCAACGACCUUCUGGACACCGCGUUUCUUCCUCCCCUUCUUCCCCCCUUCGUUCCUUGGCAGCAGCUUCACUCGUUCGUGGACAUGUCCGACCACGACGUGUCUCAACUCCGCGGUCGCCUACGCGUCUGUCACCGGCAUGGGCUUCAACCGGCCCUCCCUCAGUCUUGCGCGCAGCGCAGGCAAGGGUUCGGCGGCUCAGGGAAAGAUUCUCAUUUACCAGCAGCUCGUGGAGGGCCUCAAACAGGUCAACUAUGUGGUGGUGAAGGCGUUCUUCGAGAAAGCUGACCAGCAGGUCCUCAAUGACAUGGCGCUGUACCCCAUCUUCAAGGACUUUGUGAUGCUCAUCUCCAAGAAGCGUACCGCGGAGGGCUUCACGGAGUCGGACAGCGGCCGCACCCGCCUGUUGGAGCUGUUGAGGGACAUCAAGCGGCAAUCGUAUGAUGCCCACAUGCCAGAUGAGAUGCCCAACCCGCUCGACCGGCAUCGGGCUCUGUCCAUUAAGUUGAAGCCCGAAGGUCAAAGCAAAAACGGCAGCGGCGGCGGCGGAAGCGGCGGUGAUUGCAGCAGCGCCGGUGACGACGGCAACAAGCCGUCUAGCCACGUAGCUCAGUUCCUGCGCUUUGGCGUUGCCAGCGCCACCAGCACUGCCAGCGGCACCUCCGACGCAACAAAGCGUGGCAGUGCAGGCGGCGGCCGCCUCAGCGGCGGCCUUUUCGGCGGCGGUGGCGGCGGCGGCGGCGGUGCCCGCCCCAGCGGCCGCGGCCGUAAGAACGGCUUCGGUGGCAGAGCCGGUGGCGGCCGCAUCUCCUCCGUCGCCGCGAUGGGGUUCGAUGAGGAGGACCCUGCGGAAGUGGAGAAGCAGCUGUCUGCGGACCUGGCGGUUCAGACGCUGAAUGUGUCCCGGGUGCUGCGUGCGGCGGUGGCAGCGCGCAAGUCCAUGAAUGUCGAGGCCACCGUGCUGAGCAUCACUAGCUGGGUCAACCUUAACAGCAAGGACCGGAGGGCGGUGUUCAUCACGGGAAUCACCACCGACCUGCUCAAGGAGAUGGCCAAGCGCUUCCCCUCCGGUUGCGCCAAGCUGCUGAACCUGGUGAGCCGGGACGUGUUGGAGCAGCUGGUGACACUGCAGGUGUCCGCCAACCUGUUGCACCGCAAGGACCAGCUGGUCAAGUGCAGCGACGUGCGCAACCACUUCACGUGGCGGGCGCCGGAGUUGCAACACCUGGCGGAUGAAAAGGGGUUUUCGGAGCGGGUUGUGGACGCGCUGGCGGAUUACGGCAUCCCCUUCGAGUGCACCUACAAGGCCGCCAUGGAGUGGGACACCACACGUGAGCACUUUGCCGCGCUCAUUGCUGCUCAGUUCACGGGGGCAGAACUGAAGGAGCUCAUCUCGAAUGACAUCCAGCUGUCCAAGCCGCCGCCUGAUGUGCCCCCGGGGUCGUUCAAGGCCGAGCCCAUGACCACGUUGAUCAAGGACAUGCUGCGGGAGAAGCUCAGUUUUAGAAUUGUGGAGGCCAUUCUCGAAGCAGGCUCGAUGAACGAGGCCACCGUGUACACCAACUUCCGGCCGGGAAACCCGCUGUACAACACCUACCACGUCAACCUCUACAAACCCGUGUACACGCACCACUUCGUGCAGCUGCUGCUGACCAACUGGCAGAAGGGCGUCAAGGAUGGCCAGGGCAACUGGACGCUCAGGCCUUGGGACAAGAAGUUCAUUGAUACCAUCUUCGCGCCCAACGAUCCGCUUUGUACGGCGCUCAAGAGCGCGUACGACAAUAAGCUCAAGGACACGCAGGUGUACAUCGAGAACAGCGCCGCUGCUGAGGGCUGGGCCAAGAAGUUGAGGCAGAACAGGCACCUGGUGUUGAGCGCCUUUGUGUGCAACCCCGUGCUGCUGCACCGUUGGCCGGUCUUUGUGUUGAUGCACAUGAUGCUGCCCAUCAAGGACUUGCUCAAGGCGCUGUGGUUUUGGAUGGGUUGGGAGUGGGGCACGUUUGGGGAGCCCCACACGAGCCACUCAGUGGAUGCUCGGGCGCUGGUCAUUCCGUGGAAGGGUAUGGCCCACAUGGGCAGCACCAGGGGCAUCCUGACGGGCCUUAUCGACGUGGACGUGCCCGUGCGCUGGUUCGGUUUCGCGGCGGUGAAAGCGGCCAUCACCGUGCAGUGGCAGGAAUUCGGCCAGAUGCUGAUGCUCAUGUCGGCUCUGGCGCACGUCAUAUUCAUGUCGCUGUUCGGGGGCUUCCUAAUGUUGCUGCGGAGCGUUGGGGAACGAGAGAAUGUCCGGGAGCGUCCGCAGGUGAUGGCGCUGCUGAUUGUGUUGGGCCUUAUGAGCGUGGGGGGCCUUGCGGAGGAAGUGUCGCAGAUGAUGGAGCUGACGUGGCGCACGUGGCGCAACUACCUGGGCAACCUGGUGGACCUCACCUCGUUUGCGCUGUUCAUGGUGCUGUUCGGCAUGGUGUGGUCAUGCUACACGUACGAGGUGAUCCUGGCGGUGGGCGCCAUCGAGACGCUGGUGCUGUUUGUACGGCUGGUGUUUUUCGCUUCCAUGACGGAUUCCAUGGGCAGCCUGAUGCGCAUGGUCAUUGAGAUCAUGAAAGACAUGAGGCACUUCUUCACGCUGCUGGGGAUGAUCUUUGGCGGCUUCGCCAUCGCUUUUGCGGUGCUGCUGGGCCCCGGAAACACGUACGAGGGCGUGGCGUUCAAGUUGUUCUCCGUGAUGCUGGGCGACUGGCAGUUCGAUUACCUGUUGAGCAUGCUGACUGUGGUGGAGAAACCAAACGAGAGGCAAUGGUACGUCCCUCGGCUGAGCGUCAUGCUGAUGAGUGUGUACGGCAUCCUGAUGUUGAUCGUGCUCGUCAACCUGCUGAUUGCCAUCAUGAACGACACGUACGACCGAAUCAAGGAGACGGAGGAGAUUGAGGUGCUUCACAACCGGGCGCGUCUCAUCGUUGAUUUGGAGUCCUUGCUCACGAAGGACAUGCGCGACAAGCUGCAGGCGCGGCUGCUGGGCGAUUACCUCCACGUGUUGGUUCCGGCCGACAACAAGUUCAACAAAUUCAUGGCAUCGUCGGAGAGUGUGGAAGGGGAGUGGAAGGGUCGAAUGCGGGCCUUUUCCCAGGCGCUCAAGCGGGAUGUGGAGCCCCACCUCAAGGAAAUCCGAAGCAGCACCGAGGCCGAGUUUAAGGCCAUACACGCUGAGCUGAACUACGUGAGGAGCUGGGUGGCGGAGCAGCGGAGAGUCAUGGGGGAGGUGGACCCGGGUGACCACGACCUGACCGGUACCGCCGUCUUUAACCCUGUCGUCAUCGUCAUUAUCGUCGUCAUCCUCACCAAUACAAUCGCCACCAUCGCCACCUGGCCCAGUCGGGCCGUGCAGCCUCACUCCUAA